AUGGUUCCGUGGUGCCAGGUUGAAGUGCUGUAUUUUGCAAAAAGUGCUGAAAUAACAGGUGUUCCUUCAGAGACCAUUUCUGUGCCUCAACAAAUAAAAGCAUUGCAGCUGUGGAAGGAGAUAGAAAGUCGACAUCCUGGAUUGGCUGAUGUCAGAAACCAGGUGAUAUUUGCUAUUCAUCAGGAAUACGUCGAGCUUGGAGAUCAACUUCUCCUCCUACUUCAAUUGGGAGACGAAAUUGCCAUUAUCCGCCCCCCCCCCCAUUAG